CUCCUCCUCCUCCUCGUCCCCUCCCUCCGCUCCGGGGCGGUCUCGGCCGCCGAGCUCCGGCUGCGGCAGCCCGGGGGUGCGCAGCAGGGGCGGCGGGAUGGACUGGCAGGUGCUGACCCGGGAGCUGUCCCUCUACCUGGAGAGCCAGGUCCGCGUGGGGCUCUUCGGCUCCGGCGUGGGCUUGUCGCUGGUGCUGGGCUUCGGCGUCGCCUACGCCUGCUACUACCUCAGCAGCAUCGCCAAGAAACCCCAGCUGGUGGCCAGCAACAAACGUUUCUGCCGCUUUCUGGAGGAAUAUUGCCCUGUUGUGACAGAAACUUACUAUCCCACGAUUUGGUGCUGGGAAGGCCGGGUACAGACACUCCUGCGUCCCUUUAUCACUUCUAGACCCCAAGUACAGUACAGAAAUGAGCUCAUUAGAACAGCAGAUGGAGGACAGAUUUCGCUGGAUUGGUUUGAUAAUAAUGACAGCUUAUAUUAUCCGGAUGCCAGCACAAGACCUACUGUCCUGUUAUUGCCUGGUCUGACAGGAACGAGCAAGGAAUCCUACAUUCUUCAUAUGAUCCAUCAGAGCGAAACACUGGGAUAUAGAUGCGUGGUUUUUAACAACCGUGGAAUUGCUGGUGAGGAUCUUUUGACACCAAGGACUUACUGUGCAGCUAACACAGAGGAUUUAGAGGCAGUUAUUCAUCACAUCCACAGCUUGCACCCCUCAGCUCCGUUCAUGGCAGCCGGUGUUUCUAUGGGAGGCAUGCUUCUUUUAAAUUACCUGGGCAAAACUGGCAGAGACACUCCUUUAAUGGCAGCUGCAAUUUUCUCUGCGGGUUGGAAUGUUUUUGAGUCUGUAGAGUCUCUGGAGAAGCCACUAAACUGGCUUCUUUUCAACUAUUACUUGACUACUUGUCUACAAUCCUCCAUCAGCAGGCAUCGACAAAUGCUGGAAAAAUUAUUUGACAUGGAUCUCGUGAUGAAGGCUAGAACUGUUAGAGAAUUUGAUAAACAGUUCACUUCAGUCAUGUUUGGCUACCGUACAAUUGAUGAUUACUAUGAAGACGCUAGCCCAUGUCGCAAGCUGAAGUCAGUAGGAAUUCCAGUGUUAUGUCUGAACUCUGUGGAUGAUGUUUUCUCACCGGGUCAUGAAUUUGCUCUCUCGCAUUGUGGGUCUGUUUGUGGAUGGCUAAGAGACCCUGGAAGCAGUCUUGAGAAAAGCACCACACCGCUGCCAAGCAUCAUUUGCAUUUUGGCACUGGAGAGCACCACAGAAUUGUUCAGUUCUUCUCCUGAGAAGCUGCAGAGCAAGGAACUCUGCUGGGGAGGAAUCACACAAACGGUGACCCAGCUGUGUCAAGGCUGGCUGUGCCAGGGGCAGGCUUUCCUGUGCACCGUGGGGGAGGUAAGAGCAGGGAUGCAAGAGCAGCUCAGAUUGGGCAGCUGCUAAAAAUCCUCACUGCGGAUGGAAAUCCAAGGCUACAUAUCCAGCACCGUGCGGCAGCUUUUGAUGAGCGAUAAUCUGUGGCAGAAGUCUGUUGUGAAUGACUGCGCGAUGGAAUAGGGCCAGCUUUCAGGAUGGGGAAGGUGACAUUCGUCAAGAGCUCUGUGUGGCUCACGCCUUACCCAGCAGCGUACAGAUAGGUACAAAUACCCUCGCAGUAGGCAGAAGCUCACAUCAAUCACUGCCAACAUCUUCAUACACCACAAGGUGUUCAUCCAGAGAACCCAGGGGAGCCAGACAGGAGACUCCUGGGUGCAUAACUGAGGCAAGACUCCAGGCGAGUGCUUGCAGAGUCUGGGGCCUGAAGCUCUGGCAUGCUUUGGAUUGCAAGAGCUGACACGUUGUUUGCUGCACCUCUGGUUUCCAACCUGUGCUAUUACCUUGUCCAAGCUGUCAGGCCCUGUGCUUUUAUCUCCUCGACUUCUCUUUCUAGCCUUGCCUCUGCAAUGCUUUAGAAGGCCCAGGUACCGCAGAUGCUAUUUCCAGUUUUCCAGCUGAACAAAGGAAAAUCCGAGGACUUUUUGUAGAGACAGUGAGAAACACAGUUCCUUCCAGCUAGUAAAGAAUCAAAAUCACUUAUUAAAUGAUCAAAUCAAUGUAGGGGUUUAGCAUCCAUGCUGAAUCUGUCCUGCAGGCCCUGCACCCCUGCCCCAUCUAUUUCAAGGUGUAGUCAUUGCAUUCGGGGUCCUGUGUGCCUUGCCCUGCCUGGCUGUCCUUUUACCCUAGCUGACGAAAAUUAAGGCAAAUCGGCAUCAGAGGCACACGGCGAUGGGUCUGCCAGCACCCAAAGGAAAGGAAGGACCAUGGGCAUAAAGAAGCUAAAGAUAUGCAGGGAUAACGACUGCUCAUGGACCUUUGACGUAGCAAUGUAGAAAAGUUAAAGAAAAAACCCUAGAAAGGAGGGGAGAUCUUGCAGGAAAGUUCAGUCAGAAGGAGAUGUGGACAUCUGAACUGCCCCCCCAAAAGUAGCCCUGAUUAAGUGUCUCUCUUCAGAAAUACUUCUUAAUAAAUAAGGCCUGUGAAGUCCUGUAGAAGUCCUGUGAAUGACUCACUGCUUUCUGUUGUAGUGCCAAAGCAUUUUUAAUUUAGCAGUGUAUGACCUAAAAUCAGGUUUAUUUUCUUGUGGAAUCACAACCUUUUUUUGACAAUUCGGUGCAACCUCUAGUACUCCUCUCUGGACAAAAUGUGUGUUCUUUUGCUGCUGUUUCUUUUCUAUCAGGCUGAAAAAUCAAAAAAUCUGUAUGGAUUUUGUGUUGUUUAUUUUUUUUUCCUCUAUUCCAUGAGGUACAUUAUUUCAAAACUAGAACUUCCAAAGGCAUUCUUCACUGAAACGCUUGAGAUUUCUGCUUGUUCAGGAGUAUAUCCAGUGCACUUACAAUUUCUGAGGAAAUCACUUAAAGUAGCUAAUUUUUACAUCAAGAGCACAAACACCAGAGUUCCAUAAAGCUCCACCAUUGUGUCAACCAGUUCACAGGAUGAGCAUCAUCCCACCACCCUGAAAUACUUUGCAAAUCCACAUGCUUUCAGUGCUCAUUUGAGUCUGCCUGCUGCCAUUUGUAUAUUGGUAUUAGCGUGGUGACCCAGGCCAGGGAGCUGAAAACUAACCAGUAGAAGAAAACCCCUUGGUGUAUCUGCUCUAAUCAUCUGAAUUCGACAUUAAGGCAUUUUCUGGUAGUCACAGUACGGUAGAGAACCACAAACCUCCUGGAUAGUGUGGGACAGGUUUCUAUGUCCUUGUGCAGUUGUUUGCCUUCCUCUUACUUUGUUUCCUGGGUGUAUUGAGACGAUGAGUUCCUCAGGGGGAGAACUGUCUCCCACUUUGUUUUCACAGGCGUGCUCUAAACAUGCAGUGUAAAUGUAUGGCAGUACAGAUAGAAUGAUGAUGACAACCCAAAACCUUCUUUAAUUUUAGCUCGUGAUGACAUUAACAGUUUUGUGUUUGGUCCCCUAAGAAAAGAAUGGGAUUCACAGUUAAGUUCCCAAGUUCCUCAUUUUUUCCAAAGUCGAAUAUUGCAACAAAGGUUAAAAACUAUGGGCUUGAUUGCCCUUUUGUUUGUAUGACAUGCACCGAAUCAUAAAUAUGCAUCAACAUGAGUGCUGUUACGAUGAACCCAUGGUUUCUGAAAGUUUUACAGCAGCCAGGAAAAUCCUACAAAAAAGGUGAGUUAACGAUGAAGAGAGAAAUGUCUUUUAACACAGCUAUGGUUCUAAGUCCUCCUGCGGUACAUUUAAACAUGCAUUUAACGUAAACGUGCAUUUUUAUUCAUAUAUAGCGUGACAAACAUUUGAGAAAAAUUGUUCGGUGGCUGGCAUUUCAUAGAAGAACGAGUACUUAAAGUUCUCCCCCCCACCC